AUGUUGGAACUACAAGCGACUUUGGAAGACCUCGGCCUUCAGGAAUACCUCAGCCGCCUCGUUGAGCAUGGCUUUGAUACCUGGGACAGCCUCGCUGGCAUCACUGAGACGGAUAUGGCAGCCCUCGGCAUCAAGUUAGGGCACAGACGGAGGUUGCAACGAGAAAACGCUCGUCGGCUAGGUUAUCCUGCGAACGAGCCGUUGUUCGAUCUGCCAGCUGCUGCACCACAGAUGAUGGGACAGUAUAAUAGGGAAGAUGGCAUCAGAAGCUGUGGAGGACCACCCCUGCGAGAUCCUCACGUUCUCCCAAGACCAGAUACUGGGUAUGCAGCGUACGCCAGACUCUUGCGCCACGAUCCGAAGAUCUCCAGCCUCUCACUUAUUGAGCUUGCGAGACUCGUUAGGAAUCGAUGGUCUAACUUAUCUGGCGAAUUGAAGGAUAUGUGGAACGAAAUUGCUGCAGUGCAGAAGGAUACACACAACUCCCCACCCGCGCAACACCGCCAACCCGAAGAGUGCUGGGUCUGUAGUGGCUGCUCUAAUUCAGGGAAACUGGGAGAGGACCAGCGCGAGGCUCAAGUAAAGUGCAAUAAUGCAUUCCCCGAGACCUCCCGAAUCGGCCUGCCAUGGAGCAUAGCCAAUACGCAAGCUGCUGAGAACUCGACUUAUUCCUUCGAGUUCACCAACCAGCCUCCCGAGCUUGCGCAAGGCAGCCCUACUGCUUCUGCGUCUACGAUUUAUACACCCCAUGAAACCGAGGUUUUGCUAUCGCGCUAUAAAGGCUACCCUACUACAUCUGUCUACGGGAGUGUCAAAGCAGAUGUCGAUAUGCCACUUAUCGAGAGCGUUUGGAAAAUCAUAUUGCGAGACCAGGCUUUGUAUUCCGCUGUCUUACCUAUACAACUCAAUCAGGACAACCUUUCAUCAUGUACCUGUCGACGUCCAGCAUUUUCGCAAAGCCUCCACGUCAAGACAAUUAAUCCAUUUGAUCUCCAGCAAAGAUCAAUGCUCCAACUUAUGAUAGAUAGCUUUUUACGAAAUGUGAAUUCUGUUUAUUACCUUGUCAAUCCCGACGAACUCUGGAACCAUCUCGAUUCUGCGCUCAACAUGACUCUAGGGACGCCGAACUUGGUCACGUCUAUAGUGUGCGUCUGUCUCGCUCUAGGGUGCCAAAGUUAUCAUGCAGAUGCAACAGAUAUGGCUAUCAUGUGGUACGAGAAUGGUCGGAGAUAUCUAGAUGAUCGCGAUUGGUGUUUGGACGUUGCUGUGAUGCAAGUACUGGCGCUGAUCAGCAUCUUUCAUAUGGCGCAACGACCGGCAACGUCAAGUCAUUACUUAGACGCUGCAUCGGAUUACAUCUUACUCCUUGGCUGUGGCACAGAUGGUUCGAUAUUGCGCAUCUCGCAGACUUCACCACAAAGCCCCGCCACCCCCCGGCAUGACACCAGAGCCCAGUCUACAGUAGCGACUAUUGCGUUCGGCGAGCUUUCUGAUACUCUGGGAUGUGUUCAGCAGCAAUUCGGCCAGAGUAAUACUUUGCCGCUCUGGAGAGGAAUUCUAUUCAUACAAAAGCUGAAAUCGUGGUUGUACAACCUACCAGACGAGCUAGCACUCCCGAUAGUCCAUGGACUAGAACGCUGGGACCUGGGUUUGAUAAAGCACGUCUUUUCAAAGGCUUCUGAUACACGGAAGGUCGAACUAUUACACAUCUAUUCGCUCUACUUCGGGGUCAUAGGCCUGCUGACAGGGCCGUCGCUUCAGCAGAUUGCAGCAGCGGAUACAAAGCAGCCUCUGUCCGCCAUGUUAGAAGCCGAAAGUAAUGCUUACGAAUGCCUAAACUCUGCCCUUCGAUUAAUUGAUCUUUGCACAGCCUUCUCUUGUGUCUCUCUCUUCCCAACCUAUGCGUGGCUUCCUCAGUGUGUGCUCUUCACAUCCUCUCUGGCUUGUACGCUUGGCAUCAUCUGGCAGCGUCAAGUGCUGGAUCGUGAUGCCUCUGCCUCGCAAGAAUGGCUUAACCGGAGCUAUAGCAGCAUUCAUGAUGCUUUGGUCAUCCUUGGACCCUGCGCUACAAGGAAUGAGCAAGCUCAAAGACAUUAUAGAGUUUUACAACAGAUUGUCGAAUGGCUCCAAGCGACACAUGUGACCUAUGUCGAUCCACACCCCUAUCGUCCAGCCACACAUGUUAUUCAUUAA